AUGGAUAACGACUCUACCGACAGUGAGGACGAGAUCGUCCAGUAUCGUCUCACCGUGAGGCCUUCAAAGCCUCGAAAGAUUACAGAGAGGAAGCGCCGAAACCAACAAAUUUUGGAUGCAUUCGCGCGAGAAGCGCAUCCUGAGAAACCGAGGCAAGAGGAAACCAUCAAUGCCCCGCGAGAUUAUCAGACAGAGCUCUUCGAAAAGGCCAAGGAGAAGAAUCUCAUCGUGGUUUUACCUACAAGUUCUGGUAAAACAUUCAUCGCCGUCUUGUUGCUACGACACUACCUCCGCGAGGAAGUGGAAUCCUGUGCCCUUGGAAAUCCGAGAAAGGUGGCUUUUUUCUUGGUAGAAAAGGUAGCCCUCUGUGAGCAACAACAUCGUGUCCUCGAUAAUCAUCUCGGCGGUCACUCGACUGCCAUUUUCACAGGGGACACCACCGCCCUGAAGAAGGACAAGAAAUACUGGGAUACUCAGUUUGCCUCAAAUAUGGUUGUGGUCUGCACUGCUGACAUCUUGCUCGACUGUCUCAACAACGCCUUCAUUACCAUGGAACGAAUCAAUCUCCUCAUCUUCGAUGAAGCCCAUCAUGCAAAGAAGAAGCAUUCUUACGCUGAAAUCAUGCGACGAUAUUAUUACUCGACCGACAAGACUAAACGACCUCGCAUUUUUGGAAUGACCGCUUCCCCUGUGGAUUCCAGAGCCGGAGAUGUUGUGGAACUGACACUUGAACUUGAGAAAACCCUUGACAGCGAGAUCGCAACACUUUCCGACAAAAAUAUGAAAGACUUGGCCAAGUUUCAAGUUCAUGUUGAAGAGACAGUCAAGUACGACACACUUGGAUUACCGGACGAGACCAAGACGCAGCUCUGGGAGUCGGUCUCUAAGCUAGUAUCACGAAAUAAAGAAUUCAAGGCAUCUCUCGAUUUUACCAAAGAGGCCUCUUCAAUCCUAGGACCCUGGUGUGCGGAUCGGUACUGGCAAAUCUCGAUUGACGAGAUAGAGAUCAGGCGACUUGCCGACAGAACUCGCCUGGCCUUUUUCGGGACUGGAGAAAAGGUAUUAGCACGAGCAGAGAAAGCAGUAGAAACUGUCAAGGAGGUUCAAAAGCUCGUCGCGGCUCAUGAGUUUGGCACCAUCAGUCCUGAAUCGCAGAAAUUAUCAAACAAAGUGAAAUGUCUGCACAAGAUCUUGGUUCAUGCUUUUACAACCGAUUUCACGCAGCGCUGCAUCGUCUUUGUUGAUCAGAGAUACACUGCUUGCCUACUCUCGGAUCUUUAUAACCAGGCUUCAAUGGCAAUUCCCGGAAUGAAUGCUUCAUACAUGGUUGGACACCAAUCCAGCGGUACCAACCUUGGCAAUAUGACCCUGCGAAAGCAAUGUUCGACACUCAAGAACUUCAGGGACGGUAUCACCAAUUGCCUCUUUGCAACAUCGGUGGCAGAGGAGGGAAUUGACGUUCCCGAUUGUGAUCUUGUUAUUCGAUUCGACCUCUACAAUUCUGUUAUUCAGUAUAUUCAAUCAAAAGGGCGUGCCAGACACAAAUCUUCACGGUACAUCACCAUGUUGGAGGACGGCAACAUAAAACAGAUCCGCAGUCUGAAGCAAGCAGCCAGAGACGCCACAGCUCUUCGAGAGUUCUGUAUGAGACUACCAAGCGAACGAAAGCUUCAAGACGAUGUGUUCGACGAGGAGACGGAAAAACAGAUCCAGCAAAUACACUACAAUGUGUACGAGUUAUCCGACACCGGCGCACGGCUUACAUUCCCUUCCAGCCUUCAAAUACUGUCUCGAUUCAUUUCAUCCUUGGGUACAGCGGAAAACGGUUUUAGUAAAGCCGAAUAUUACAUCUACAGGGAGGGAACAUUUUUCACGGCGGCUGUUAAUCUACCGCCAAGUUCCCCUAUCAUCACCCAAAUAGGUUUCCCACAACGAAGCAAACUUCUGGCAAAAUGUUCUGCGGCUUUUGAGACUUGCAUUAAGCUCAUCAAAGGCAAACACAUCGAUCACCAUCUUCAGCCUACUUUCGUAAAACGUGCCCACGCAAUGCGCAAUGCUCGUGUGGGAAUCAGUCCAAACAAGAAGGCUGAGCAUGACAUGCGCCUGAGACCAAACAUUUGGAGUAUCCGAGGAGAAUGGACACAGUUUUUCCCAACAAAGAUUUAUCUUGGAGGCGAGAAUGGAGGAGAAGACAGACCAUUGAUUCUUCUUUCGCGAAGUCCACUCCCAGGACUGCCUUCAAUCCCUUUGUUCCUCGGCAAUGGACGCUCAGCUAUCGUGAAAGUGGCAUGUUUUCAAGAACCUUUGGACAUCACGACCAAGAAAGCUGAAGGAUUGACUACUUUCACAUUCAAACUAUUUGCUGACAUUUUCAGCAAAGAGUUCGAGGCCACUUGUGACCAAUUCCCAUAUCUUCUUGCCCCUUCAGCAAAAGACACCAAUCUGGGCCAAAUCCCACAAAUUGACUGGGAUACUGUCUACUUUGUCAAAGAUCACGACACUCUCGAAUGGGAGAACGCGCCCGACGAGUUCUUUAUGGACAAGCUUGUUGUUGAUCCAUAUGACGGAGGACGCAAGCUUAUACUCAAGGGCAUUGACAAAUCGAAGAAGCCUUCCGAUCCUACACCAGAUGGUGUACCCGAGUCGAGAAGUCGUGCUUACAGGACUGUGGAACAAACUAUCAAGCAGUACAGCAACAGUCUUUUUGCCAAGUCUCGACUGGCGGCCCAGUGGCGAGAUGAUCAACCAGUUGUCAAAGCUGAGCUUCUUUCAUUGCGACGUAAUUUGUUGGAUGAGUUUCAAGUUGACGAACAAAUCAACAAAGAUUGCUUCGUCAUUUUAGAACCUCUCAAUGUAUCACCUAUCCCGAUGGACGUCGUUUCCAUGGCACUCAAGUUCCCGGCAAUCAUCCACAGAAUCGAUUCUGCUCUGAUCGCUCUCGAUGCGUGUGAACUUUUCGACCUCUCCAUUCCGCCAACACUGGCACUCGAAGCGAUGACCAAAGACAGCGACAAUACUGAGGAUCAUGGCAAGCAACAGAUCAAUUUCCAAGCUGGCAUGGGUUCCAACUACGAACGGCUGGAAUUUCUUGGAGACUCUUUUCUCAAAAUGGCCACUACAAUCGCCAUCUUCGUACUCAAGCCCAAGAGUAACGAAUGCAUAUACCAUGUAGAGCGCAUGCUUCUCAUCUGCAACAACAAUCUAUUCAACACGGCCGUAGAUUGCAAGCUUCCAGAGUACAUACGGUCCUUGGCAUUCGACAGAAGAACUUGGUACCCUGAUCUCACGCUCAGAAAAGGCAAAGCUCUCAAGACAACAACGCGGCAACGGCUAGCUGACAAGAGUAUCGCGGAUGUUUGUGAAGCUCUCAUUGGUGCUGCUUACCUCUCGAGCAAGGAUGACAACUUGAACAUGGCUGUCAAAGCUGUGACGCGGAUGUGCAACGCAAAGCAUCAUACUAUGUUGGCGUAUGAUGAGUAUUACGCAUCUUUCAAGGUCCCAGGUUGGCAGAAAGCCAAGUCAAACGCCAACCAACGUAGACUUGUGCAGAAAGUGGCAGAUGCUAUUGGGUACGAAUUCAAGUCUGCUCCGCUACUCCAGAGCGCAUUCACACAUCCCUCCUACACGUAUUCGGGGGACGUUCCGAACUACCAGCGCCUUGAGUUUCUAGGUGAUGCCCUCAUCGACAUGGCUAUCGUCGACCAUCUCUACCAUAAGUUCCCUCUCGCGGAUCCUCAAUGGUUGACUGAGCACAAGAUGGCGAUGGCCUCAAAUCAAUUUUUUGGUUGUCUCUGUGUCAAGCUUAAUCUACACCAUCAUCUUCUGUUCAACACUUCGCAGUUUCUUAAGGCAAUUCGUGAUUAUGUGCUCGAGCUUAAGAUGGCUGAGGAGACAGCUCGCGAAGAAGCAGACGAAGAAGGAACUCCGAUGCGUAUGGACUUUUGGAUCAACGCAACACCGCCACCAAAAGCGUACGCAGAUUCCAUCGAGGCACUUAUCGGGGCCAUGUUUGUGGAUUCUCAAUUCGACUAUUCUGUCGUUGAGCGUUUCUUUACCAAGCUUAUCCUCCCGUACUUUGAAGACAUGUCUCUCUAUGACACCUUUGCAAAGAAACACCCUUAUACACGCCUUACCAAGAUGAUGCAGCAGGAGAUUGGGUGUAUGAAUUUCACCAUGGUGUCGGAACCUAUAGUCCCUGAAGUUGAGCGUGGUAUGGCAGUUUUGAAAGAAAGUGAUAUGAUGACGGGAUUUCUGGUGCACCAAAAGAUCAUCACGAGUCAUGUAUCAAAGAGUGGACGGUACAGCAAGAUUGCUGCUGCGAAGGAGGCACUUAAGAUGUUGGAGGAGUAUGGUGGAGAUGUGGUCGCGAUAAAGAAGAUGUUUGGCUGUAAUUGUGAUUCUAAAGCGAUGAAGAUGGAUGGGAUAGGCCAUGGAACGGCUGUCUAG